CAUUAGCUUCACGAGAAUUAUCAUAGACGGAACAACACUCAAAAUGCGUCAAAAAAGAUCCAUUCCUCCAUCAUAAAAAUAACAACAAACUUAAGAAUAAUAUUGUGAAAAUAAGCAAAAUGGCAGAGAAGAGUCCUAAAGAAGACCCAAAAUUCGAUGAAUUCUACACUGAGGUGAAAGAAAUCGAAAAACGUGAUUCCGUUUUAACUUCUAAACAACAAAUUGAGCGUCUUUUGCGUCCUGGCUCAACCUACCUUAAUUUAAACCCGUUUGAAGUGCUACAAGUUGAACCUGAAACUCCUAUUGAGGAGGUGAAAAAACAGUAUCGAAAACUGUCCUUUUUGGUACAUCCUGACAAGAAUCAGGAUGAUGCUGAGCGGGCCCAACAGUCCUUUGAGGCUGUGAAUAAAGCCUGGAAGAUUUUAAACAAUCCCGAGACACGACAAAAGUGUAUGGACAUUAUUGAGGAAGCUAAGGGUAGAACUGACAUUAUGCUUGCCGAGAAGCGAAAGAAAUAUAAAAAAGAUGGAAAAGACAAAAUCCCAGAGGAUGAUCCUGAUAAAUACAAACAUGCCGUUUACGUUCUCACAAUGAAACUGUUUGCAGAUAUGGAAAGAAAACGACGCGAAUUAGCGGAAAGAGAUCAGGAAGAGAGAAAAAGAAAAAGAGAACAGGAAAUUGAAGAAGAGGAAAAUCAGAAAGCUCAAAAGGAGUGGCAGAAGAAUUUUGAGGAGUCUAGACAAAAUCGAGUUGAAAGUUGGCAGUCUUUCCAAGCCAAUUCAAAAUCAAAAACCACAAAAGCGAGUAAAAAGAUCAAAACGUUUAAACCUCCGAAAAAUAAGCCAGAAUCUAGAUAAUUUAAUACUAAUGUCUUGUAGGCUAGUUAUCUCUCAAUUCAUUAAUUUGUGUUGUAAUUUGUUACGUAUGAAAUACACUGCGCAUACAAAAACAAAAAAAAUCAUAUUUUAUACUAAAAUAUUUUGUAGGAUUUAUUUUAUUUUCAAAAUAAAGGAUGUGUCUCAGAAAUGUAUCCGAGUAA